AUGGCUAGUCGUGGUCAGAGCACUUACAUGGCCUCGGUGUCCUCCAUCAGUGACUUACAGGAGGAGGUUCGGACCCUUAGGGCCAGCGUAUAUCGGACCAAGCAGCUCGUCGAGGAUGUAGACUGGUCCAUGAUGCUCGUUCGCGAGGUCUUCCCUGUCAGCGGCAAGGGAGGUACAUCGCUCUCCUUCGCGCCGCGCUCCUGCAAUGUUACUGGCAUCUAA